UGUGUGUGUGUGUGUGUGUGUGAGUGUGAGAGAAGGGGGAGAAGAAUGGGGGAUUCUAGCUUGUCAUUGUAUGAGACCUUGACAUAUGCUGUUGGAGUAGCUGGUAAUCUCUUUUCUCUAUCUCUUAUCACUGGCCAACUUUUUCGAAGAAUUUGUCAGAACAAAUCAACUGAGCAAUUUUCAGGGCUGCCGUAUGUGUAUUCUCUCUUGAAUUGCCUCAUUGUGUUAUGGUAUGGACUUCCUUGGGUAUCACAAGGUGUUAUCUUGGUUGUGACAGUUAAUUCAGUCGGGGCUUUAUUUCACUUAUCCUAUUCGACAACCUUCAUUGUGUUUUCAGAGAAUUCAAAGAGGUUCAAGAUGGUUGGGUUGCUGUUAGCAGUUUUCUGCAUCUUUGCACUGAUCAUUUAUGUCAGUCUUGAGUUUUUCCGUGGACCUGAAAGGCAGAACUUUGUUGGAUAUCUGAGUAUUGCUUCUCUGAUCUCCAUGUGUGCUUCCCCGUUAUUCAUAAUUAAAUUGGUUAUUCGGACGAAAAGUGUGGAGUUCAUGCCUUUUUAUUUAUCACUUGCAACCUUCUUGAUGAGCAUUUCAUUCUUUACAUAUGGGAUGCUCCUACACGACUUCUUCAUAUAUUUGCCAAAUGGCGUUGGAGCAGUGCUCGGUCUGGUGCAAUUGUUGCUAUAUGCCUACUACAGCCGGAGAUCAAGUGACAUUUCUAGACUUCCACUGCUAGUUUCCAAUUGAUGAUGUUGACAAUGAAAAGGUCAUUUAUUUAUGUUCCUGUUGUUUAUCUGUUUUCUUGGUGAGUGAAAACAUCUUUGUGAAAUUGUGCUCGGCUGAUUCAUUGAUCUUGUUGAUAUCAUGUAAGUUAUCACGUUUGUAGGCAAAAUGCUUCUUAUCAAAUAUCCUUGCUUAAACUGAAUUUCUUCUAUCUUAAUGCUCAUUUUAUCGA